UUGUAGUUGGAAAACCCUUUUUUGAGCGUGCGUCUAUUCAACGCUGCUUUACUUGCUUCUCUUCACUUCACUUCACUCAUUGUGUUGCACUUUGCAAUGAAUAUCUCAUCGCUGCGUCUCGAUUCUCACGCAAUAUGCACUCAUCAACCUCAACGACCCUUCGCUUUCCAUAAUCGCUUCCCUCGAAACGUCGUCGUUUGUGCCGCAAAGCCAGUUGCACCACCUCCGACCAAACUCGCCGCCGCCGAUUCUUCCCUCCGUCGAAUCGAGUCGCUCAGCCAAGUCUCCGGCGUUUUGGGUUGUCAAUGGGGUGACGAGGGUAAGGGGAAGCUAGUUGAUAUCUUAGCUCAACACUUCCAAAUCGUUGCUCGCUGUCAGGGUGGAGCUAAUGCUGGGCAUACCAUUUAUAAUGCUGAGGGGAAAAAGUUUGCCCUUCAUCUUGUUCCUUCUGGUAUCCUUAAUGAGGAUACACUGUGUGUUAUUGGGAAUGGUGUUGUAGUACACCUGCCGGGGCUGUUUCAAGAAAUUGAUAACUUGGAGUCAAAUGGGGUCUCUUGCAAGGGAAGGAUAUUGAUAUCUGAUAGAGCCCACCUAUUGUUUGAUUUCCACCAAACAGUGGAUGGUCUGAGAGAAGCUGAGCUUUCUAAAUCUUUCAUUGGCACCACCAAGAGGGGCAUUGGACCGUGCUACUCCAGCAAAGCUAACCGUAAUGGGAUUAGAGUUGGUGAUUUGCGGUACAUGGAGACUUUACCUCAGAAGCUUGAUCUUUUGUUAUCAGAUGCAGCAUUGAGGUUCAAAGAUUUUAAGUAUGGUCCAGACGUGCUCAGGGAAGAAGUUGAGAAAUACAAGAGAUAUGCUGAAAGGUUGGAACCCUACAUUGCCGAUACUGUGCAUGUCAUGAAUGAAGCUAUCACACAAAAGAAGAAGGUCUUGGUUGAAGGAGGACAAGCAACCAUGUUGGACAUUGACUUUGGCACUUAUCCCUUUGUUACUUCUUCUAGCCCAUCAGCAGGCGGGAUAUGCACUGGUCUUGGUAUUGCUCCAAGAGUAAUUGGUGAUUUAGUAGGAGUGGUGAAAGCUUACACUACAAGAGUUGGUUCUGGUCCUUUUCCAACUGAAAUUUUGGGUCCAGGAGGUGAUCUGCUCAGAUUUGCUGGGCAGGAGUUUGGCACGACUACUGGCCGUCCUCGACGAUGUGGUUGGUUGGAUAUAGUUGCCUUAAGUUACUCAUGUCAGAUCAACGGUUUUUCAUCAUUGAAUCUCACGAAGUUGGAUGUUUUGUCUGAUCUUGAUGAAAUACAAUUGGGUGUCUCCUAUAAACAUGCUGAUGGCACCCCAGUCCAAUCAUUCCCGUCAGAUCUCCGUCUUCUCGAGCAAUUGAAGGUGGAAUAUGAAUCACUUCCUGGAUGGAAGACCGACAUUUCUUCCAUCAGAAACUAUUCUGACCUUCCAAGAGCUGCCCAGUUGUAUGUGGAAAGGAUAGAAGAACUCGUUGGUGUCCCUAUUCACUACAUUGGUGUUGGGCCUGGACGUGAUGCUCUCAUAUUCAAAUAAUUUUCACAACGAAUUUCCAUGUCACUAUAGGCAAGUUUAGAGGCUUUCUGCGUAUAAGUUUUAUUCCCACCAACCUUUGAUUUGGGAUGAAAGCACAUUUCUAGUGACUAUAGCAAGGAUUGGCUAUUUGAUGUAUUAUUCUGUUGUUAAUCAUCAUUGGCAUUUUCACUUCUUAAUUUUGCAGUACUUGUUGGGAGGAUGAGUUUUUGAAGUAAUACAUGACUUAGAUGUAUGAUGAUAACAUCUGUUAUUAGUGUUUUCUAUGCAGAGUAGAAAAUAAUGUUGUACUUGUAACGAUCCUGAGGUUUUGAGUUUCUAGCAUCACCAAAAAUUACACAUUGUGGUUUUGUAGUUCUGUGUAAUCCUAAUUCUCACUUA